AUUCAAUAUAUACAUGAUACUGACCCAAAUUGCCACUAAAUUAUUAUUAUUAUUUUUUGAGUCUGUUUAUGUAACAUAGAUGUUCAUUAUGAAAUGCCUUUUCACUAGGGUAUGAGCCAGCUUGAAUUAGAAGAUGAGAUCCAGGGUGAUCUGAAACGAACCACAGGAGAGUUCACAAAGGAUGGAGACGAUGCGAAUAAACUCAAUCGCAUUCUUCAGCUGACUGGAUUCAGCAAUCCUGUGUAUGCCGAAGCAUAUGUGACUGUUCACCACCAUGAUGUCGUGUUAGAUGUCACCAUCAUUAAUCGCACAAUGCACACACUCCAGAAUUUGUGCUUGGAGCUCGCAACCAUGGGUGAUCUCAAGCUUGUGGAACGCCCACAAAAUUAUACUCUUGCUCCGGAGUCGAGCAAGCAGAUAAAAGCAAAUAUUAAGGUUUCGUCCACUGAGACAGGAGUUAUAUUUGGCAAUAUUGUGUAUGAGACUUCUUCCAAUGCAGUUGAGAAGGCAGUUGUCGUUCUCAAUGAAAUCCAUAUUGACAUAAUGGAUUACAUUUCUCCAGCAUCAUCUGCUGACAUUGCUUUCAGAACCAUGUGGGCUGAGAUUGAGUGGGAAAAUGAGGUUGCUGUCAAUACUAAUAUCCAAGACGAGAAGGAAUUUUUGAAUCAUAUCAUGAAGUCAACCAAUAUGAAAUGCCUGACGCCACCUUCUGCUCUAGAAGGGGAGUGUGGAUUCCUUGCCGCUAAUUUGUACGCAAAGUCCAUCUUUGAAGAGGAAGCUUUGGUGAAUGUGAGUAUUGAGAAACAAACCGAUGGUAAGCUUAGUGGUUACAUCAGGAUAAGAAGCAAAACACAAGGGAUGGCCCUCAGUCUCACGGACAAGAUCACGCUGAAGCAGAAAGGAGGCUCUUCUUGACUCACUCAGUGCCUCGGCUCUAUGUAGGAGAUCCUGAGCUGAGCGAGCCAAGCUCCUUAAUCUUCCUUCGCCUUUCCUUUUCUUGUUAUUAUAUCUAUAUUGUCAUCGAAUUCUUUUUGUUUGUUUGUUUGUUUAUAAUUUUUUUUUUAAAGUUAAAUUCUUUGGUGGUGUUGAAAAGAAGCUGCUGGCCUCGAUGUUUCCAACAUAUUAUAUCGGUGGAUAUUGUUUGCUACAUUGCGCAAACAAAGAGGGAUGCCUAUAGUUAGUAUUAUAUUUGUUGAUGAGCAACG